AUGUACGGGAAGAUUGGCGACAGCCUCCCGCAGCUACUCCACACCGAACGCCUCUUCCUGCAGGACACGGCUGUGCGUAGGGUCCUUGGUCUAGUAUACAAGGAUAUCUUCGAGUUCCACCGACUGGCCAUGAAAUACUUCAAGCAGCCGACCACUUGGAAGCCAUACAAGACCCGCUUCGACCCGUUGAUCGCCAACAUUCACGACCACGCCAUAUUGGUCCAGAACCAAGCUACUCUAGCACAGAUAGACGAGUUCCGCAGAGACCGGCAGGCUGACGGUCAGCAGCACGACGCCCACAGGCUCCGCGUGAUGUACACCUGGCUGAGAUCACCAGAACAUGCCAGUUCCCAGGCCAGAAACGCCGAAAAUGACCAGUACCAUUAUGCGAGAGCCCGCAGAGACUGUCCUGGCAGCGGAAGCUGGUUGUUGGGCAAGCAGGCCUUCGUUGAGUGGAUGGACCCGGCCUUCCCAGCCAUCCCACCUCUGUUGUGGAUCAACGGGUGUCCUGACUUCCUUCGUAGUCGAGCAAGUGAGGCUCUUACCCCAAGCGCCGACACUCUUCUGCUGAGGUGCCACCAGGAUGUCCUGUCCCCCUUCUUCUACGAAAAAUUCUCCAAGAGUAGCGAGGCAGUCCUGAGCAAGGUACAGGACAUCGAGGAGCUCCUGAGGGUGUCAUUGCUGAACUGUGCAAAAGUCUACAUCGUGCUCGACGGCAUAGACGACCAGGACGAUGGCAUCGCUCGCAAAGAUUUCGAUGGUAUCACCACCCUCAAGAUUCAGCCUGCAGAUGUAGAAGACGACAUCAAGAAAUACAGCCUACAUGAAGCCGGCCAGAUCCAGUCAAUGUUCGAGCUUUCGGACGACAUGCGGGCAGACAUGGCUGCCAAGAUGAUUAGGGCUGCUGGUGGUAUGUGGUUUCUCAGCACCAUAUGUUUCCACCAUGCCUAG